AUCACAGCAAGAAAGAAGGGCUGGGCAUACCUUUUUUAGGAUUUCUACCCCAAAAUGACUGAACUGCCUUUCGAACUGAACUACCACGACUCUCGCUAACUGCAUCGGAUUCUGUGGAUAAAAGAAGACUCGCUGAAAGAGCGGAUUUGAUUCCGAACCGCUACGCUUUCUUAUAUUAGUGUAGUGCGCUUAGCGCUUCCUGAACCAACUGAAGCAAGGAAUAUGAGGAUCAGAGCGCUAGCAUCCCUUGCUCUCGAUCGAUUGCUCACCACCGUCUGAUCCGAACAAAAAAAGGAAUAGAACUGGGGACACCUUUAGGUGUAAGCAUGAAAUACGCCCGAGCAAGCUAAAUUCUUUCUAUGUAGUAAUCGUGCUAGGCUAUGCCCCUGAACCCUUUGGUAUCCAGAAAGAAAAGCAGAGGAAGUGGCUUUGAUCCUAUUUUCUAUCAAAGCAGGUUCUACCACUGCAGGCCCAAUCCUACUACCCGGAUGAUCGUCUUGGGUAAGAUCUUUCUAUAUCAAAAUAUCAGUUGGAUGCCUACACGCGAUCCUUUUUUGCUUCCUUAUAUCGAGGAAGAGAAAAAGAGGCCUAUAUCAAAAGUAUAAACAACUUAUACUUCUAUCAUAACACGGAUCACGCUGUAUAUAGAUUGGAUGUAUGUCUGAGCUAUCUUCUUUGUACCAUACCAUCUAGAGGGCUGUGAUUUCCGGGGGGCAGGACACGAAGCCCCAACAUGGUCUAGCACUACGAUGGAAACUGGAUGUCUGCCUUUGUGAGUACCUAUCUUCUUAUAGGAAAUUGCUAUUCAACAAAAUAGAAGAUUGCAAAGAUUCAGCCUUAGUAUUAGUAGAAGUGGGUAGCGGCACUGGCUAGACGGUCUAUCCCCCUUUAACUUAAGUAGUAUUUCCAAUUUACUCUCUGUCUCUAAAAAAACCGUAACACAGUCCAGGAUAAGUGUGACCGCGUAUAUAUACGAUAUAGAAAUCCAGCCCCACACCCGCGGGUAAUGCCCCCGUAACUUCGGGAGAAGGUUUCUGAACUCCUAUCUAUUCAACCUGGCCUAUCUUCUUUCUAACAAGAGGACGCUAAAAUCAAAAUGAUAGCGAACUAGAAAGAUACUGACAGAAGCUAAAUCUCAAAUCAUAGACACCGGAGAGAACGAUCAUACCAGAUGAUAGCUAUCUUAGAGAACGCUAAUUUAACCAUAAGAGAGAGCACCCUAUUACAUACUGCCUUGCUCUUCUCUCUAUCGUAGUUCUUUCUCGCAGAGUAAGGAUUUAUAAUUCUAUACUAGUUCCUAUGGCGUAAAGGAAAACAUUUCGGCUAUUACAUCUAUGGGUCAACGACUUUCUGGAGUCUCUUAAAGAGGGGAUGGAAGCAAGGUCCAAUCCCAUUAUUAUAACUUAUAAUACGAUCAUCUCACAGAUGAAGAAGUGAGCAAGCCUUUCUCCAAUGGAUUCUAACAGCGCAGACUAGGCAUCUUUAUCAGAUUUCUAUUUAUAUAUUAGUAAAAAAGCCCCUUGUUUCAAGGCUAGGGCUUCCCGGUUUAAUUGCUAUUUGAAUUUAGCAGCAUUGGCCGUAGAAUCAAAUAUGGACGGUGACUGACCACUAGAUCUGUCGAUCGAGACCUUGCUUCACCACGCCCAAGCCGGAGGCUAAGUAGAGUUGAAUAAGGUGAAGAUGGAUACCGCUCAUAAAGAGCUUGGUUAAGUGGUAUGCCUUGCUGGUUGGAUCAGAAUCCCUUCCCUUUCUUUCGACUUGCUUGCUACUGGAUUAUUAUAAUAAAAGACAAACUGGUUUGCAUUGGUAGCUAUUCUUAGCGGUGACAUACUUUUUUUUUAUUAAUAUAUAUAAUAAUUAUUGAAGUUAAACCACGGGAAAACAAGCACAGGAAACAAGACAACGGCCAACGAUCCGUUCCCUCACUCCCAAUAGAAUAGAUAAAGCAAUGAUAAACCGCUCGGGACCCAUAUUCCCAUGGUCCCUUCGCUCAACAAAAAGUCCUAACAAUAAGGAUAUUAUCUAACAGAUACGCUGUCUAACUACUAUAACAAAGUCAUCAACUUAGACUACUUUCAGAUAAGGGUUGUUAUACAAGUCAACUAUUAUCGUACAGUGAUGAUCGAAAUAACUGUUGGUGAUCCCUUUUCGAGUUCCUUCGUUCCAGUCCAGCGGCGGAAGGGGAGACUUAGAUCUUGUCAGUUCAUAACAAAAACCGCAUCCGGUGGUAUCCUAUCGUCGUAAAAAAAUAAUUCAUUGCUUCAAAAAGGGAAUGAGCUCUCACAGGUUGAGUUUUUUCGGCCAGAUUUCGCGUAUCAUUUAUUUCGUAUAGAGAGAAGAAUAAAUUGUCCUUUUUCUUGCUGUUGUUAAACAGGCUGUGCCUUCGGCCGCCUAUGAUAGGGGGGCCCUUUCCACUCCUUGUUGAAGUUGCAAAGCUCGUUGAGGCAGAUUGAACGCUACGCCCUUGGAAUAAAAUCUUUUCCUGGAUAGAUGCUGUACAUCCAAAUCCAGAUGCCGAAGUUUUUGCAGGGUGAUCAAAUUGACUUAAGAACCUGGGUCAGAUUCUAUUGAUUGUGGUUUCUUGGCUGGUCCCUGUGCCAUACAGAGGACUAUUAUGCUCCUCGUCCCUAAUAACCUAACCUAAUAAUAAGAAUAGGUCGUCGUCUGUAAAUGCAGCCAUAUUAAUCAUCCUAUAAGGAUUCCUUCCUCGACUGUUCUGCAAAGAAAGCCAGAUUAUCCUCAAUCCUCAGGAUUAAAGAAUGCUUCCACCAAAGUACCCGGAAACAUCAUUAGCACGUCAUAUCAUAUACUGUGAGCAAGGCGGGCUGAGAAUCCUCUUCUAAUCUAAGGGGCCAGCACAAAAUGGCGAGAUCAUCUAUCUAUCUCUAGGAUAUCCGCUGUUAUGCCUUCCUUACCUACCUGAAUUCAUUCAUACCAUUCCCUCACGUGCCUUUGCAGUUAGCAGCGGAAAGAGAGAUAGAGAUUGGUUAACUCCCUUAAGUCUUCCUAAGGGUAUAAGAAGGUAUCCGUGAGGGCAUUUAAAGUGAGGGUAUCACUCGGAUAGUUAGGCCCGAGAGAUAGCUGAAUUGACCUUAGUCUUCCUAAGGGAGUGAGUGAACUACUAGUCGUAGGGCACGAACGCAAUAAGAAGGAAGUCUUUCUUUCGCGCUGCUUUGGAAUUUUUUGCAGGGAAGGUCCUUUCCGUUAAUUCAAUAUCUGUCUCGCCUGCUAACUAUUCUCGGUCUACCCUGAUAGGGUAUUCGAUUCCUCUUGGCUACUUUACCUUUAUUACGAUAUCACCAGAUUAGCAAGAAAUACCUGUGACCUGGUUCACGCUUUGUUUUGACUUCAAGCAGUUCCAAGAUCAGGAUCCGUAUUUUAUUUUCAAUCAAUCUCCUCAGCAUGAAUUAAAAGUGGGUCUUUCGAUACAAGUGGUAAGACCUAUCAUUCAGCAUCCAAGACCUGGCCGAUGGCUACUUCAAAUUCAAGUGCCACUUAUCUUAACACAACUCGGGCUAAUCGACUCCCAGCCUAGCUAGACCUGGUUCAAGCAAUUAAGCCAAAGCAACACUUAUUCCUUACCGGAUUCAAUUCUUUCGUCCACUUCUCUUUCUUUUCUUUCACUAUUCCCAUCAAGCCUUGGGUUCUCUUGAUGCUUUCAUUUCCCUCAACCUGAGUAAGCUGGUCCCUCAGUCAAACUUCUUCCAGUUCGCGUUGUUUACCCCGAGUGGAUCAAAGGGUUCCUUCGGAGCAAAUAAAUCUUGCGCUGCUUAAGGAGCUCCCCACAUUCGCACGGGCUGGGGACAUGAUGAGAGCUGCAAACAUGGCUCUGGAAUGUGUCCCUUACCACCCUAACUACUAGCUCUAGAUCAGGAUAGGAAAGAGCCCUCGGAUUUACAAGCAAUUGCUCUGGUAUGCUAAACCACCAAACGGAGAAUCCAAUCCAUAAGCAAGUUAGGAGAAAAAAUAGCAUAUCCCUUACAUACGAAUAAAUGAGUGCCUCCUCUAAGCUAAACUCUUUGAUUCUGGAGGUUUUUCGCUGUAAAAAAAAACCCCUGCCUUCGAUCUGGUGAUCUCAGUAAAUAUGAAUCUCUUCCUACUUCUCUUAUUCUGAACGGUAAUUGCUCCAUAUUCGCUGUAGGUGGAAGCCAAGGACCAAUGGAAUACAUUCUAUGUCGCUCGCCCUGCUUUCUAACCCAAAGUAAAGUGUACGCCGGGCAGGAAGUCGAAUGGUGCGGGUGGAUGUACUUAUAGUAUAACUGUCGUUGGAAGGGACUUCUCGUACUUCAGGCACUCCAGAGGUUAGUUUUUAAAAGAGUGAGAACAUGUCAAACAACAAAGAAAAUAAGGAAUGGAAGGUGGGUGCCCUCUAUAUUGGGGGUUGAUUCUAGCUAAAGCUAAAAUAUCUAAAACGAAUAGGUAAGGGAACUGCAUCUUUCACUAAUGUACCAACUGUCGUGAGUUGGGCGGAGGACCUGGGGCAGUCGCUACGGAAUAGACUUGAAACCGAGCGGGAACAUGGCUGGGAGUAGCUUUUAACAGUGCUGGUCUACCCCGAUUUACCCAUUGAGAGGGACUGAAAGCCUUGGUUUCGCCACCCCUAUUUCAUUAGUAGAGCUCUAUUGAGAAAGACCUUGGAAUUGGCCAAUCACCAAGGGCGAUGUUAGGUUAGCAUUCAGAACGAAUAGAACGAACUCGAGUUCAGUUCACCGGUACGGCACAGCCGGGGAGAGCGGAGAAAGGUAAAGCACAACUAGAAUGCUUUUUCAGAAAGAAUCCCACAUAAAUAAGCUUCCGAAAGAAGUAAUGCAAUUGGUUGACCCAACAAGGUAACGGAGAGGAAAGACCCCUACCGCUAACUUCUCUGUCCUAAUCUCCUGUGUCGAAGCUUUCAGGUCCUUAGAUCGGGUCAAGCUUGGCACUCCUCCAACUCUAACCUCUCUUUCCUACUGCACUGAAAGCCUUCUUUUCUUAACCAGCUAUUGAAUGAGUGAAGUAGCCAAUCCUAAGAAAAGAGUUGCUUUCCUUUUAGCCGUGUAACUUGGCCUAUUGGUCUACUGGUCUAUUAGUCCUUGUUCUCUUUUCGUUAUCCGCAUUGGAGCUAGAAAGGGCUACUUGUAGGACUUGUACCGAUCUGUAUUUAGCCAGCUCUUUUUUCCUCGCCCUAACGGAUCCUGAACUCUAAGGAAAACUCCCUUUCCAGAGAAGCACUCAUUUUCUUUCUAGAAGCUCUUUUUUUCUACCCUUCUAACUAGUGUCACUUGCUUGAUCACUUCGGUGAGGGGGUUAUGCCAGAGGGACUGCAAUCAAUUCACCGGGUAAUAAAAGUACCUUUACACCUACCCUUUUUUUUAGUAUGACUAGACCCAAUAGAUUGUAUCACUAUACCCAGAACUUGUUGUCUACCUAGGGAUAUGCCAUUUACGGGGGGAGCUAGUCAGAGAUUUGGACUUCUUAAGCCAAUCCUAGUACUGGUCUUACUUAUUACUGCUAUAAAUAUUCUAACGGGUAGAAUGAUUAGCUCUUAGACCUGUUCAAACUCUGUGACAGGUUAGGACAACUAUUGUUAUAAAUGAUAGGCCUUUCACUUCUUUGCUUGGUAGCUCCGUCUUUUAUAAUAUGCUAUAGAUUAUCAAUACAUCUUUCCUUUGCACUGAAAGCUGGCUAGCCUAAAAUCUCUACUUGAACUACUGAAAUGGGAUCUAGCCUUUGGGCUUAGUUCAGAGUUCUGCCUUCUAGGCUUCUUCCUUAAUCAGGAAAAGCCCUUUACGCUUUGAGCCGGGUAUGAAAAAAGUGAAUCCGGAUCCUUCGCCACCUUCUCUCCUUGGUUCUGAGAUUGUAAGGAUUUCUUCCCUCUUUCUCUUAAAAUUAAACCGGCAUACUGAAAUCGAUUGCACUAAGGGGCUUCGAUUUUGCUGAAAGAAGGACUUCGUUGAAAAAUAUAAAGAUAUUGGUUACAUCUCGCGUACUUGCCCAUAUUACUUAUAUGGGGUGACCCACUUCUACUUACGCGGAUUCCAAAGCCGCUCCCAUUCCUCAAAGCCCGGCAGCAGAGUCAACCCCUCCUUCGGUCGGUUCAUGAGCUGCCAAAAGCUAACUCUACGCUCGGUAGCUACCGGAUCUAAUGCACCAUUCUUCGGCCUAUUACGAACAGUUUCGAUGUCCCAGAUCGUCUUGUGUUUCAUCAAUCUUCGGCAGGAGUUUGAUGCGGGGAUUCCCAGCUGUAGUGGGCAUCGCUUGGAAAUCGAAAUAGUAAUGGUAUUGCCUACUCAUGUUACUGAUCAUUAUACGAACUAAUGCCUUUUCUGGGGGGGGACGAUCAGCUCAUAUCUAUUUAUUUAUAUAAUUUUAGAAUUAGAAUUGAUUCUUUCCCUCGGGGAACGAAGGCUAUAAGAGAAUCAGUAGCUUUGGAAAGGAAGUAAAGAUGAGCUCUCUUCUGACCCUAAGGGCUAACUGAACUCACUUGAAAGAGGGAGACAAAGAUGUGAACAUGAAGUUCAGAAGUUCCCCAGACGUGGGGACUAGGGACGGAGAUUCUUUGAAAGAAGACCGCUUUGCCAUGAAGUGCGGUUGAAAGAUCGGAUUAUAAUAAGCUUUUUCUUUUUUUUGCCAGAGAAAGAGAAGAACCUACGACUGUGGAAUGCUUCUUAUAUGUUCGUAAAAUAGGAACUCAAAGUAAAAACUAGACUUUGUCUUGCAAACUGACUUCAGCCAUAGUGAACAGGGGAAACUGCUCACUUUGAUAGCCCUACCCUAGUGUAUGCACUCAAGCAGAGUAGACGGCACGCGUCACCAAGCAUACCGCCCGAGGUUAAGGGUUCAUCAGCGAAUGGAGUUAGGCCCAUUUCCUAGCCUAGUUUUAAGCAGAACAGCACCAUCCUAGUCCAGAGCAGUACUUCUCUUAUGGGCUCGAGGCAAGACAAGCAGCCCGCUUCGCUUCCUCAAUUGCUCAAGGAACAAGAUGAAAUAAUGCUUAUGUGGAACGUCUUCUGGCGAGGCUUGGGGAUUAAACCAAUAUCUUUCUAUUUGAAGCAGUGUGCGGUAUGCCUUAAAUUCAACAAGCAUACGCUGGCCAGAAUAGUACUUAGAUUUCCGUCUCUGUUUAGUUUAGCUGACUCGCUCGGGAUAUCCUCACAUCAUUCCGGCAUUUCACCGUCAGAGGAUCCGAUCCUUAAAGGUUAUUCCAAAAGUGAUUUGCUUGUCCAGUGGUACUUGUCGCUUUUCUCCGAAGGCUAUUGAAUUAGCUAAACCACGUGGGUGGCGGUUGUCCAUGGAUGUCCCUUGGGCCUAUUCUUCAUCGGAUACGAGAGCAGGAAGAGCUUCUAUUCCAUCAACACCUGUUAUUCCAGCAACAGCUCUUACUGUAACAGAACUAGGACCAUCAACUCCAACUGUCCUUAUAGGCGAAAGCCACCUCCUUGACAGAUUACGGAGCUACCCAGCUUCUCUUCCAAGUAGUAGAAAAACCGCCUUUCACCCGCUUCUCUAAGGAAAAAGUCUAAUGUCAUGUUGAGAAUCUAAAGGAUUGAUCGAAAGGCAGUGAUUUCGACCUAGAGUGAAGCUUUGGCUUUCGGCGGCUAUUAGAUACGGAUUGACGAGUUGACCUAAACGAGUAAGAACAAUUGUUGGAACGAGAUUGAUCACUGAAGAAAUGCUAGCUCCUUCUUCAACUCCUGGCCCGGCAAACUCCGAUCAAUCACUUCCUUGUCCUCUUCCUACUAUGGAUGCCCCCUGCUCUUAUAAUUCUAUUGAUCAAACCGUUUGAUGACAUAGAGACAGAGAUUCCUAAGAGAUUAUUUCUUGCAGCCUAUAACAGCUGAUUCUCAACUAUUCUUGCCAACACAUUCCGACUACCCUAUACUAUUAGGCUCCCACAAAGGCUGAAGAAGACUCCUACCCUCCCCUUCUCAAUAGGGCCUUAAGCUAGACUGAACUGACUGUAACUCGCUCAAUCGGGCGCAGCGCAUUAGACUUAAUUAGUGUUUGUUUUGGCAUUUGUAGCAGGAGAAUAGGAAGAAUUGAAUUACAAAGCGAUAUUAUCUUAUAAGCAGAACUAGCGCUUAAGGUGCCUAAGCGGGGGAAGAAGUAAAGUCUCAUCCCUUGACUACGAAACCGAAACUAAGCGGCUAUUCUUCAUAUCGAGAAAUGAAGUGAGAAGGAUUUCUAGCUAGUCUUCCUUAUAACCGGGUAAAUGACUUAACCAAUCGAGUUGUUCACAUUCAACUAUGGCAAUUCUUGUUAAGAGCUGAAACCAAGAGUUCAGAGCGGCCAAGCGGAAUCCUAGUUUCUAAAAGCACUCAUUCCCUUAGGAUAGGAGCAUUCGUUAGCUAAUCUUUCUACGCUUAGAUAUCUAUCUAUUAUUCUCCCUUUCUAUUCCUCGGUAAGCGGACCGUGGGAGCAUGAGGGGGGGCGGUAUCAGCUUUUGACUGAUAGAAAGCAUCUCUCUUUUGUCCCUCCUGACCGAACCCGAAAAGAAUAACUUUAUGCCACUUUGUACACUUUAGUGUAGGCACCUUCUUUAAACGUGCCAAGCUGUGGAAGAGAGGUGCCAGGGGAAUCAAUGCUCUCAGCUGAAACAGGGCUUGAAGCCUUCGAAAAACCUUUCUGCUCUUUUCUUCCUAUCGGGUGGCGUCAACCGGACUGAAAAAUAGAAUAGCUGAUCGAGCUCUUUGGUACGCGGCUAACCUUUUAAAUUGAGCUGUUCUUGCUACUCCCAUAAAAUAAACUAAAUAAAUUGGGUGGGUAGGAUAAGGACUCUUAUCAUACAGCUCUUUUUCUUGUUCCACUAGCUAGGACAAAAUUAUCAGAUGUCCCUUUCGUUAUUACAACCUUCUUUUUUGAUGUCAAAGACCAGAAGCUAUGCGGAAAUUUCCAUUGGAUCUCGGUUGUUCUUUUCAGCGAUGGCUAUUCAUUUAAGUCUUCGGGUAGCACCAUUAGAUCUUCAACAAGGUGGAAAUUCUCGUAUUCUUUAUGUACACGUUCCUGCGGCUCGGAUGAGUAUUCUUGUUUAUAUCGCUACGGCUAUAAACACUUUCUUAUUCCUAUUAACAAAACAUCCCCUUUUUCUUCGCUCUUGCGGAACCGGUACAGAAAUGGGUGCUUUUUUUACGUUGUUUACCUUAGUUACUGGGGGGUUUCGGGGAAGACCUAUGUGGGGCACCUUUUGGGUGUGGGAUGCUCGUUUAACCUCUGUAUUCAUCUCGUUUCUGAUUUACCUGGGUGCACUGCGUUUUCAAAAGCUUCCUGUCGAACCGGCUCCUAUUUCAAUCCGUGCUGGACCGAUCGAUAUACCAAUAAUUAAGUCUUCAGUCAACUGGUGGAAUACUUCGCAUCAACCUGGGAGCAUUAGCCGAUCUGGUACAUCAAUACAUGUUCCUAUGCCCAUUCCAAUCUUGUCUAACUUUGCUAACUUCCCCCUCUCAACCCGUAUCUUGUUUGUUCUGGAAACACGUCUUCCUAUUCUAUCUUUUCUCGAAUCUCCUUUAAGGUAUGAAAUCGAAGCUCGAGAAGGAUAAAAACUUUGAGUGGAUUUAUACCUGGCUGUUUUCACGCAUCAAAGUGAAACCGUGUUAAUACAUUUCAGGGAAGGACCACGUACCUGGUUCGGAAAAUAAAUAAAGUCUCACACAUCCUCUUGUUCCCAAGAGUCCUAUUUGCUUUCUUGAUUGGUAAACCCAACCAGCUAUUUACAACAAACAAGUCUUUCCUCUUGUUGGGGGGAGCAGUUCAAAAAGAAAUAAACCAAAGCAAAUGCCAUUAGAUGAACUCUUAAACGCUGUAAAGCCCUUU